CUCUCUCUCUCUCUCUCUCUUCUCUCUCCCACGCUGCCACGCACGCCUUCUCUCUCUCUCGGUCUCGGCCUUCCUUUCCUAGCGGCGACGACAGGGCGAGUGGCGCCGCCCGCCAGUUCUUCGUCGGGCGCUUUGCCGGCGACGAGCAUCCGACAAGGUGCCUAUUGACUCGGGCAGGGAUCAAGCCUAGUGCCUAUUGACUCGGGCAGGGAUCGGAUCUUCUUCUGAGCUCCGACUCUGAAGCUCUUCUUUUGCCCUGAUCUCUGCGGUGUCAUUGCAAAACAAGAUGGUUUCCUUCGAGAUGAAUGACCUCAAGAAGAUUGGGCUUGGCCUGACAGGUUUUGGAAUAUUCUUCUCCUUUCUGGGAAUAAUUUUCUUCUUUGACAAGGGGCUCAUCGCAAUGGGCAAUAUUCUUUUCCUGUCAGGAUUGGGUUUGACAAUUGGUCUAAAAUCAACUAUGCAAUUCUUCACCAAGCCUAAGAAUUACAAGGGUACAAUCUCAUUUGGUGUUGGCUUUUUCCUAGUCCUCAUCGGGUGGCCCUUUUUCGGCAUGCUCUUAGAGGCAUAUGGCUUUAUUGUACUCUUCAGUGGAUUCUGGCCAACACUUGUAGUGUUCUUGCAGAGGAUUCCUAUCAUCGGCUGGAUAUUUCAACAACCGUUUGUGACAUCGUUCCUUGACCGCUACAGAGGAAAGCGGGUUCCGGUCUAGCAUCCUUUUUGCUGUGUGUUGCUUGUGGCGUAGUAACUAGCACAUGAUGUUUUUUAGUGGCAGUAGCAAAAUGGCUAUGCUUGCGUCUGUCUGGUCCUUAUUUCUCUUAUGUGCUGUAGUUCCCUAUUAUAGGAUUGUUCUUUGUAAAUUAUAGCCCCAGACUAAAUCCAACUCGAUGGUUUCGUGAAGACCACAGACCAGGAUGCAUAUUCACCCCAUGAAAAAUGAAUGGAUCGAGGAAACUCUUAAGCUUGCCCUGUUGGUAUGAA